CAUUAGGACAUUCGUUCACGUGUGGAUUCUUUCUGGUAGUGAAAAUGGGAAAAGCAAAGAAAACACGAAAGUUUGCCGCUGUGAAGCGAAUGAUAUCUCCCAAAGACCAACGAAUCAAGAAGAACAAUGAAGCGGCUGCUACUAAAAAGAAGAAAAAAGAUGAUACACCAGAAGUGAAACAUGUAGAACAAGUUUCAUCCGCCAUGUUCUUUCAGUACAACACACAACUUGGUCCUCCAUAUUAUGUUCUUGUGGAUACAAACUUUAUCAACUUCUCAAUCAAAAACAAACUUGAUAUAGUCAAAUCAAUGAUGGAUUGCUUAUAUGCAAAAUGUAUUCCUUGUAUAACUGAUUGUGUAAUGGCAGAAUUAGAAAAACUUGGAUCACAGUACAGAGUAGCCUUAAGAAUUGCUAAAGAUCCACGAUUUGAACGAUUACCCUGUAUGCACAAAGGGACAUAUGCAGAUGAUUGUCUUGUUAAUAGAAUUAGUCAGCAUAAAUGUUAUAUUGUUGCAACAUGUGAUAGAGAUUUAAAAAGAAGAAUACGCAAAGUUCCUGGUGUACCCAUCAUGUAUAUAUCCCAACACAGAUACACAAUUGAAAGAAUGCCAGAUGCAUAUGGAGCUCCAAGAUGAUACCUGAAAGAAUUUUAAUUCACACUUUGGAUGUGUUCGUCAAUAUCAAAGUGCUUCUCAACAGUUAAGUCACAAUAUGCAGAAUGUGCCGACAGCUUAUUUUUUUUUUUCUGGUAUUGAUUUGACUUGCACAUUGCGUCAUAUUUGUGAAGGAACCUUGAUAAAGUCACUUUUCGUUGCUGUUGCUCGUAUCGCUCAAACACUGUGUGCGUAGCUCACCAUGUUUUGCUCUUGGCUGCAUACUCUCAAGCAUUACUGAAGAUUGUACCUGCGAGAAAGGAUUUAAGCAUCAGACUAAUCUGACUGGAUCGUUCGAAUGCCGUUAUGUUCACCUUAAAUGUAACUAACUGGCUGAAUGACUGGAAUUUUCUACACAUUCUAUCUUGGCUCUUGGAAAGCGUUUUUUUCUGGGGUUUUUGUUCAAUGGACCACUAAGGAGGAUUGCUCUUAGGGGCUGGCAUACUCCUAUAAUUAUAAUCAAUAAUAUGUGUUUUGAAGUUCGUCAGUAAUAACUCUUAUGUUACAGGAGUUCUGUUUUAUAUAACAUACAUGUAUAUGUUUUUUUCGUUUACUUUAUAUGUUAAUGACAAUGUAAAAUAUUUCCUGACUCCCAUUAACGGAGGACUGGUCUUAGGUGUGUUCUUGCAGGCUUUUCCAUACGGCAAUGUAAAGGAACUGAAGAGUAGCGUUCAGAAUGAUAUCAUUACACCAUACUUCUUACCUUUUCUGUGCUUUCUUGUCACCUAAUCUGAUAAACAAAACAACAGCAACAACAAAAGGAAAAUAUACAUGCACGUAGUAAAAAUGUAUACAGUACUGAACAAGAUGACAGAAAACAAAACAACAAACCGACUGAAAAAUCAAUAAUUAUAACACCAAAUGCGGUACCAAUAUAGGCAUUUAUUCAUAUACAGAUAUCAUAUGUACUGGCUACUGCCAGCCGAAGUGGAUUUAUUAAUAUGCUAAUUUGUCUAUAUUUGUCUUCCUGCCUGUCUUUCUGUCUAACAUACAUGAAAGUGUCUGUUGUCGAAGCUGAUAAAAGACAAUAUAAAACGUUAGUUCAGAAAAUCAGCAUUUUUUUGGCAGCAUAACUCUGAAUUAUCUCUUGAUCAGAAUACAGCCUCAUUCUCGAUCGCCGCCAUGAUGGCUUCCGUUUGGAAUGCAAAUUAGCCACGUGGUCUUUCAGUGGGUAAACACUAGAAGAAAUGGCAAAUUUUAAGCGAUCGACUAGCUCUAUGCCUUAUGUUCUCGCAUAAGACAGUUCUUGAAGGUAUUGAAAUAUCUGUAGUAAAUAUCCAAAUUUGAACUGAAUGACCGCAUAGCCAAUUUGCAUUACGAAAACUGUCAUGGCGGCCAUAGUGAAUAAGAACUUUUGAUUGCACAAACAAUUGUGACAUUGCUGUUAGUCCUUACUUUAAAAAAAAAUUAAAAAAUUAAAAUUUUUGUCAUGGAC